ACUUUACCCUCGAAUUGCAUUAGAAAUGUACCCUUAAUGUCUAAAGAAAUGUUACUAGUUUUAAAAACACGUUUUCUUAACAUUUAUAAUUAUAUAGGCAAUACGAGCUGUCAAAGAUUUUUCUAUUUUUCUGCAACAUUAAACUAAAAAGAUUAAUGUGCAGUCAUAGCCCUGAUAACUAGAGGGGAUGUCACAAUGAAACGCAUGUCUGUAUACAUUUAAUUCUGUGAUGUGUACUAUGGUUCAUAAAUUUUAACCUAAAAUAUAAACAAUGGGCUCUGAACACUCAAGUCAGUCUGGUACUCAAAAUGCACAAAGACAAACUAGUUUUAGUAAAGAUAGAUCGAAAUUACCAAAUAUUAGAAGGCAGCAUACAAUUGCGAACCCUGGUGGAAGUGAUUUUACUGGUGAAAAUGUAGAUGUUAAUAGACCUGGAUCUAUAUCACCAGGUCCUAGUGUAUGCAGUGAUGUCGACCUGCCGUAUAUAAGUUAUACUGUUAAUAGGCCUAUCGGAGACUCGCCUAAACUUACAAACAAACAACUUAUUAAAUCAAAAACUUCACGUCGAAUACAUCAACCAAAACCAGGAAAAACUAAAACUUCUGCUCAUAAUAUCGUAGUAGUUCGAGGCGCAACAGCAACUUCUGCUGCUACAGAAAAAGAUCCGGAGAUUGUUAGGUUACAAAGAAUUCCUAUGUUUUUACCUAUAAUGAGAGCAACUUUAAGUUUACCAGCUGCAAGAGAUCCAGAAAUUUUAGAAAGAUUGGACCCAACACCAAUUCGUAAUCUUUGUUUAAAAUAUCAACAUCAUUUGACUGCUGCUGCAAAUUUAGUAGCUACUGAACAAAAUCAAAUCACACUAAGAAUUAGAGAGGUAGAUGCAGAAAUAGUUAAAAUAGUGAUUGCUGCAACUGAUAGACAGAAAAAAUAUGCUAAAUAUGCUGAAAAAUUAUCAAAAGUAACAGAAUUAUCUCAUCAGUUAAAUCAGUGUCACCUGUUAUUGAAUCAGACUUUAGAAUCAAUAGAAACAUUGAACAAUUACUUGGAUGUUGAAGAUAGGCUAGAACCUUUUAUUUGGACAACUGGAUGAAAUGAAUUUUCAGAAUCAUCUGAGGUCUAUAAAUAAUAUCAAGAAGGAUGAUGUUAAACAAGAUUAGAAUUUAAGUGACAAAAACACAAUUUAUCUUUAACAGUGUUUUAGUUCUCAUUUUAUACAAUUAUUAAUAUCUUAUGCUAGCUCAUGAAUUGUAUGUUACUCAAGAUGUAGUGAGAAACUAAAGUCAAACGAUUUUUGUUGUAAAAUGUUUUGCUAAACCAUUUUGUUUCUCUGGCAGAUUCUUGCAGAAUAACAGCAAAGCUAACUUUAAAUUGUAGAAAAAAAUAUGUAAAUAAGAAAGUUUUGAAACUA